GUGCCCGGGCCGGCUCUUGCGGAAGUCCAUGCGCCGUUGGGAGGGACUCGGCGGCUGCUCUAUGCCCUUGUUGCCGAGGGCCUUUUCCCGGGUCACUGCGGGAGCAGGAGUCGGACUGAGGCCGACACGGGGCUCCCACGUGGCCGUCUAGGCGCCGGUGUGUGGUCUGCGCUGGCGGGAUGUGGCGAGCACGCCGGGCGGCCGUGGCCUGUGAAGUCUGCCAAUCACUAGUGAAACACAGCUCUGGCAUACAAAGAAACUUCCCACUCCAAAAACUACAUCUGGUUUCACGAAGUAUUUAUUGUUCACAUCAUCCCACCCUAAAGCUUCAAAGACCCCAAUUAAGGACAUCAUUUCAGCAGUUCUCUUCUCUGACUAACCUUUCUUUAUAUAAAUUAAAACUAUCUCCGAUUAAAUAUGGCUACCAGCCCCGCAGGAACUUUUGGCCAGCAAGGUUAGCUGCAAGGCUCUUAAAACUUCGAUAUAUCAUCCUGGGAUCUGCUGUUGGAGGUGGCUAUACAGCCAAAAAAACCUUCGAUGAAUGGAAAGAUAUGAUACCAGACCUUAGUGACUAUAAGUGGAUUGUGCCUGACUUUAUAUGGGAAAUUGAUGAGUAUAUUGAUUUGGAGAAAAUUAGAAAAGCCCUUCCCAGUUCGGAAGACCUUGCUAAGUUAGCUCCUGACCUGGACAAGCUUGCUGAAAGCUUCAGCUUACUGAAGGAUUUCUUCACCACAGGUCACAAAUUGGUUAGUGAAGUCAUAGAAGCUUCUGGCCCACUUCUCUUGUUAGGGUCACCUGGAGAAACAGCAUUUCGAGCAACAGAUCAUGGAUCCGAAAGUGACAAGCAUUAUAGGAAGGGUCUGCUUGGUGAGCUCAUUCUCUUACAACAGCAAAUUCAAGAGCACGAAGAGGAAGCACGCAGAGCCGCUGGCCAGUAUAGCACGAGCUAUGCCCACCAGAAGCGCAAGGUGUCAGACAAAGAGAAGAUUGACCAACUUCAAGAGGAACUUCUGCAUACUCAGUUAAAGUAUCAGAGGAUCUUGGAGCGUUUGGAAAAGGAGAACAAAGAGCUGAGAAAAUUGGUACUGCAGAAGGAUGACAAAGGCAUCCAUCAUAGGAAACUUAAGAAAUCUUUGAUUGAUAUGUAUUCUGAAGUUCUUGAUGUUCUCUCCGAUUAUGAUGCCAGUUAUAAUACACAAGACCAUCUACCACGGGUUGUUGUGGUUGGAGAUCAGAGUGCUGGGAAAACAAGUGUGCUGGAAAUGAUCGCUCAAGCGCGGAUAUUCCCACGAGGCUCCGGGGAGAUGAUGACCCGUUCUCCAGUGAAGGUGACUCUCAGCGAAGGCCCUCACCAUGUGGCCUUGUUUAAAGAUAGCUCUCGGGAGUUUGACCUUACCAAGGAGGAAGACCUUGCGGCAUUAAGACAUGAAAUCGAACUCCGGAUGAGGAAAAAUGUGAAAGAAGGCUGUACUGUUAGCCCUGAGACCAUCUCUUUAAACGUCAAAGGCCCUGGGCUGCAGAGGAUGGUGCUUGUGGACUUGCCUGGUGUGAUCAAUACUGUGACAUCAGGCAUGGCUCCUGACACAAAGGAGACUAUUUUCAGUAUCAGCAAGGCUUACAUGCAGAACCCUAAUGCCAUCAUCCUGUGUAUUCAGGAUGGAUCUGUAGAUGCUGAGCGCAGUAUUGUUACAGACUUGGUCAGUCAAAUGGAUCCUCAUGGAAGAAGAACCAUAUUUGUUUUGACCAAAGUAGACCUGGCAGAAAAAAAUGUAGCCAGUCCAAGCAGGAUACAACAGAUAAUUGAAGGCAAGCUCUUCCCAAUGAAAGCUCUGGGUUAUUUUGCUGUUGUAACAGGAAAAGGAAACAGCUCUGAAAGCAUCGAAGCUAUAAGGGAAUAUGAAGAAGAAUUCUUUCAGAAUUCAAAACUCCUAAAGACAAGUAUGCUAAAGGCACACCAGGUCACCACGAGAAAUCUAAGCCUUGCUGUGUCCGACUGCUUUUGGAAAAUGGUUCGCGAGUCAGUUGAACAACAGGCUGAUAGCUUCAAAGCCACACGGUUUAACCUGGAGACGGAGUGGAAGAAUAACUACCCUCGCCUGCGAGAGCUGGACAGGAAUGAACUAUUUGAAAAAGCUAAAAACGAGAUCCUUGACGAAGUUAUCAGCCUGAGCCAGGUUACUCCAAAACACUGGGAGGAAAUCCUUCAGCAGACUCUGUGGGAAAGAGUGUCAACUCACGUGAUUGAGAACAUCUACCUUCCGGCCGCACAGACCAUGAAUUCAGGAACAUUUAACACCACAGUGGACAUCAAGCUGAAACAGUGGACUGACAAGCAGCUCCCUAAUAAAGCAGUAGAGGUGGCUUGGGAGACGCUCCAAGAGGAAUUUUCCCGCUUCAUGACGGAACCCAAAGGAAAGGAGCAUGACGACAUAUUUGACAAACUCAAGGAGGCCGUGAAGGAGGAGAGCAUCAAGCGGCACAAAUGGAACGACUUUGCAGAGGAUAGCUUGAGGGUCAUUCAGCACAACGCUCUGGAAGACCGGUCCAUAUCAGACAAGCAGCAGUGGGAUGCAGCCAUUUACUUUAUGGAAGAGGCGCUUCAAGCUCGGCUCAAGGACACUGAAAAUGCUAUUGAAAACAUGAUAGGCCCAGACUGGAAAAAGCGGUGGUUGUACUGGAAGAAUCGGACCCAAGAACAGGGUGUUCACAAUGAAACCAAGAAUGAAUUGGAGAAGAUGCUGAAGUGUAACGAGGAGCACCCAGCUUAUCUUGCAAGCGAUGAGAUUACCACAGUCCGGAAGAACCUGGAAUCUCGAGGAGUCGAAGUAGAUCCAAGUUUGAUUAAGGAUACUUGGCAUCAAGUUUAUAGAAGACAUUUCUUAAAAACAGCUCUAAAUCAUUGUAACCUUUGUCGAAGAGGGUUUUAUUACUACCAGAGGCAUUUUAUAGAUUCUGAGCUGGAAUGCAAUGACGUGGUCCUGUUCUGGCGAAUACAGCGUAUGCUGGCUAUCACUGCCAAUACGUUAAGACAGCAGCUUACAAACACUGAAGUUAGGCGACUAGAAAAAAAUGUUAAAGAGGUAUUAGAAGACUUUGCUGAAGACGGGGAGAAGAAGAUUAAAUUGCUGACUGGCAAACGGGUUCAGCUGGCUGAAGACCUCAAGAAAGUUAGAGAAAUUCAAGAAAAACUUGAUGCUUUCAUUGAAGCUCUUCACCAGGAGAAGUAGACUGUACUACAAUCCUGCUCAUAAUCACCUCUGCAUACAUUCGAAGAAGGAAAACUUCAGAGUCUUUGUCCUGCCUCCUUUCUCCUGUUCUACCUUUUCAAUGCAAAAUAAAGUCAUAGGGUAAAAAUAACGUACGUGUGUCACAGGCACUUCAACCCCAGAAGAACAGUAAAAAUGGCACCCACAGUCUUAUGUGCUUGUACUGAUGUGACAGAUUGGGAAAACAUAAUUGGCAUGGCCGUUAGACUUACUCCUCAAAGAUGAGGAGGUUAUCUCUCGAGUCCUAUUCACGGUGGCACCAAUGGGAUUCAUUGUGGAUGUCAUCAGACAUAUAAUGGUAGUUGCUUUGGAAUAAAACUUACGGUGAUUUUUUUAAAGACAUAAAUUGUGUAUAUGGUGACGGUUGCCUGCUAAGCUGUCAUCUGUCUGCAGUGUUCGGUAUGCAGGACUGUUUGGCUGUAAUAACUCAGUUUAUGUUCACCACAUGAAAGAAAGCUGGUUUGUAAAAGAACGCUUCAGACAGGUUAACUUGUGUUGGACAGUUCAGUGUAUAUUCAGUGAGAGAAAUAUCAGCCCUCCAUUGCCAGCUUAGAAAACUCGCCUUGGAAGCCGAUAGCAGCAGCUUACCUCGGUUGCUGAUUUUACACUCUCUGUAUCCAUUUGUAAUUAAUUCUUGUUGAUUAUUGUGAGCUUUACGUGAGGCUUUAUGGUAAUAGUAGGGGUUCUCCUGUGGACAGAGCCAUUGAAUUAUGACCCAAAAUGGAGAAGAUUAAAGGUAAUCAGGUGACCAGUUUCAUUCCGAGUGCUGUCAAACGUUUGAAUCAGGCAUCAGGGAAGGACUGCACCACGGCUUUCAGACAUUAGUUUAAAUAAAAAUUAUUCUAACGUGGGAGAAUAUUGACCCAGCCCUCUUCAAGCUGAAAAUUCUGUUUAAUUCAUUGCAGUUCAGUUACAGUAUUUUCAUGUGUUAAAAUUAUAUUGGUUAGAAGACUUGAAGGGAAACAAAUAUGCCAUAUUUUACUUAAACGUCUCUUUCAUUUGCUACCCUUUUUUUUUUUUUUUAAACUAAGGCUUUAUUGUGCUGGUAAAAAAUACCCAGUGUUGCAGUUUUUAUUUCACAGUUAAUUUUUUAACCAGUUUUCUUGGAAUUUUUUUGGUAACAAUUCUCUACCCACACACAUACUUUUUAUAUAUAUAUAUAUAUAUAUAUAUACACACACAUAUUUGUGUAUGUAUAUAUAUAUACACACACAUACUCUGAUCAUUGUGAUUCUCUGAAAAUCUGACAGAAUGGAAGGCAAAAUAUUCCCAAAACUGUAAAUUCAGUAAGUAUUUUAUUUAAAUUAUCAGAUAAGAAAUGGAGGUACUCUUCUCAGCAGCGAAGAGCAGCAUCCACCGUCUCCUAGGACACGAGUGCUGAGGUGCCUUGUGUCUCUUAGGUGUGGGACCCUGGUGACAGGAGCUAAGUAGAGCCCUGUGCUGAUGCAGCAGGGGUCAGGGAGUGGUCUCCCUAAGCCAUGUUAACCUAACCGUGGCUGGAGGCCCUGGCCCAGGCCAGCGGAGAAAGCUGAUGCUAGGCAUUGUAUCCCUUUGUAUACUUGGGUUUUUUCAUUUGUUUGUUUUUGUUUUUUAGGGAAAGAGAACUCCUGUUUCUUUGAGGGGGUCAGUACUUGUGACCUCAACCUAAAAGUAGAUUACCAAAAAUCCCUGUCAUUCUUCACAUCCCCACGGGUUAUUUUUAAUCUGGUUUCAUGCUAAACAUGUCUUUCCACACACACCUCUCAAAAACAAGGUAUUUAUCAAAUGCAGAAGCUAGGAAAGGAAAUGAAGUUCAGUCCAGCAGUCAACCCUGUGUGUCCUGUCUAGUUCAGCUACUUGAUGUACAGAAGUUAAAGUCUAACUGGACAAGAAAUCAUUUGUUUUUCAAGAAAUCAUUUGUUUUUCACGUCCAAAUUUGCAAAGAAUGGAGUGAACGAAAUUCUGUUUGGAGAACUGAGGGAUUUUAAGUAGAUGAUAAGCAAACCGAAUUGGUCGGGAUGUCGAUUAUAAAUCCCCAGCCUGUGUACAACGUGAACCAGAGGAAGCAAGCCUGCUGCUUUCCCCGCCCAGCGACCAAGCUGCCAUUCCAGGGAGAGCAGCCAGCCCUCCUGGGUCUUAUUCCUAGUCCCUCGGAUUAGUGGUUUUCCAGGCUGUAGUCAGUGGACAUCCACAGAUGACCUAGGAACCAAGUGGAAAUGGACGCUGUGAAAGUACAUGGGGAGACAGCAAGUGGGACUUCCUAACUGUGCAAUUCUAGGAUGUCACACCCCAGUAGUCCCAGCCCUCAGGUGGCAGAGCAGGACUAUCAUGAGUUAAAGGCAAUCCAGAGGUACGCAGGGAGGCCCUGUCUCUAAAACAAAAACAAUACAAUUAAGAGUGUAGACUUAACGGUCAAAUUUCUAGUUAAUUUUCUAUUUAUUUAUUUCAGAUGUAUUUAUCUGAUAAAAGAAACAUGGUAUCCUUUUCUUUCCAGUAAAUGAAAUCACGGUGCUGGCGUAUCUUCAUCCUCUACGCUGGCGUAUGGUAGACUGUCAAAUGCUGUAGCAAGUAGAAAUGUGCUUGGAAAUAUGCUUACCUUCUAAACAUCAUGGCUAUUUGAUAUCUAAAUAUUUAAAACUUAACCAUGUCUUCAUGUGCACUGUGAAUGGACUUUGUAUUAUUUUUUUAAACCGUACACUCGAUGUAAAUGUUACUUCGACUUAUAUUUGCCUGUGCUUAAUCUAAGGUCAUUUGUGUAGAUGGGUAAUUAAAAGAUACUGAAGUGAAAUUA